UCGCAGAGCCCCGGGCGCGAGCGCCAGAGGAGAGGGAAGGCGGGGGAGGGCUGCGAAGGAGAGGAAGGGAGUGGCUGGGAGCUGGGCUGCGGCAGCCUCUGGUCUCCUCGCCAUAGGCACCAACCCCUCCUCCAGCGCCUCGGUCGCCUCCCUAGCUGAGGAAAGAUGCCCUUAACCCAGGGGUGUGAAGAAGGGGAAGAAGUAGCUGCUGGAGCCGCCCGCACCGCUUUAGCUGCCGCCCGUGUCCUUUGAAUUCGGAAGAGCACCCCCCUCGCCUGGGACAGCGGGAGCCUCGGGCUAGGCGCGGUGCGGGUGUGGAUCCGGCCCGCGAGCGACCACCGACAUGGAGCGGGCUCGGGCGGCCGAGUAGCCGCUGCCGCGUAGCCCGGGUGCGAGCCGCCCGCAGCCCGCCUUCCCACCCCGGGCCGCGCCGCGGGUCAGGCCCCUGGGAGAAGCUGGGAGAGAAAUGAUGAGUUUUCAUCGGAAUGCGUUCAGAAUUAGAGUAACUGCAAAGCCUUAAAGAGAGGACCUCGGGAGGAGAAAGGAAAAGCCUCCUCCGGGCAGGACUUGGCGUGCUCCGAGCCGAGGGGCUGCUUCAGGGACCUCGCCCCCUCCCUUUCCCGCUGGAGAAAUCGCCGCUGAUGCAUUAUCCAAGCGGUGGUUGGGAGGAUUUGCAGCAACAUUUUUGGUUUUCCCUCCCCCUUCUAUACAUUCUGUUUUUUUCCUCCUUUUUCUAUUUUCCUUCUUCCCGGGAAGGAAUUGCUGAUGCACAUCGGACUUUAUUCAUUAAUGAUGCAACCGGAUUCGUUUCAGGAUUAUGUUGCACAAGUUGAAUUUUGAAUGAAGGAGAAGAGUUUUUUUUUUUUUUAAAGAAGUGUCGACUCUUUAGUUCAUUGUACUUUUAAUUAAUAUUUUAUUUAAACAUACAGUUUAAUUGUAUUUUUCUUUUGAAAUGUAUUAAAUAUAUAUUUUAUGGUAAUUUACCCUCGAAAUAUGUGUAUAUAGGUGAAAUUGAAGACGCUUCAGUUAAGUGAGGUUACUGGUGUGCUGGAUGUUUAAUUCAGCGCCGGCAUUGCAUGACAGUUGUUUGAAUAACAAGUGGUUUGUUUUUAAAACCACACCUUUUAGAAAAUUUAGAUUCGAAUAAUAAAAGUAAAAAUCGUAAUAAUAAUUUGAAGGAGAGCCAGCGCAAAUUGAAGUAAACAUGUCUGGAGAAGUGCGUUUGAGGCAGUUGGAGCAGUUUAUUUUGGAUGGGCCCGCUCAGACCAAUGGGCAAUGCUUCAGUGUGGAGACUUUACUGGAUAUACUCAUCUGCCUUUAUGAUGAAUGCAAUAAUUCUCCAUUGAGAAGAGAGAAGAACAUUCUUGAGUACCUAGAAUGGGCUAAACCAUUUACUUCCAAAGUGAAACAAAUGAGAUUACAUAGAGAAGACUUUGAAAUAUUAAAGGUGAUUGGUCGAGGAGCUUUUGGGGAGGUUGCUGUAGUAAAACUAAAAAAUGCAGAUAAGGUGUUUGCCAUGAAAAUAUUGAAUAAGUGGGAAAUGCUGAAAAGAGCUGAGACAGCAUGUUUUCGUGAAGAAAGGGAUGUAUUAGUGAAUGGAGACAAUAAGUGGAUUACAACUUUGCACUAUGCUUUCCAGGAUGACAAUAACUUAUAUCUAGUUAUGGAUUAUUAUGUUGGUGGGGAUUUGCUUACUCUACUCAGCAAAUUUGAAGAUAGAUUGCCUGAAGAUAUGGCUCGAUUUUACUUGGCUGAGAUGGUGAUAGCAGUUGACUCAGUUCAUCAGCUACAUUAUGUACACAGAGACAUUAAACCUGACAAUAUAUUGAUGGAUGUGAAUGGACAUAUUCGGUUAGCAGAUUUUGGUUCUUGUCUGAAGCUGAUGGAAGAUGGAACGGUUCAGUCCUCAGUAGCUGUUGGGACCCCCGAUUAUAUCUCUCCUGAAAUCCUUCAAGCCAUGGAAGAUGGAAAAGGCAGAUACGGACCUGAGUGUGACUGGUGGUCUUUGGGGGUCUGUAUGUAUGAGAUGCUUUAUGGAGAAACACCAUUUUAUGCAGAAUCUCUGGUGGAGACAUACGGAAAAAUCAUGAAUCACAAAGAGAGGUUUCAGUUUCCGGCCCAACUGACUGAUGUGUCUGAAAAUGCAAAGGAUCUUAUUCGAAGGCUCAUUUGUAGCAGAGAACAUCGACUUGGUCAAAAUGGAAUAGAAGAUUUUAAGAAACAUCCAUUUUUCAAUGGAAUUGAUUGGGAUAACAUUCGGAACUGUGAAGCACCUUAUAUUCCAGAAGUUAGUAGCCCCACAGAUACAUCGAAUUUCGAUGUGGAUGAUGAUUGUUUAAAAAAUUCUGAAACGAUGCCCCCACCAACACAUACUGCAUUUUCUGGCCAUCAUCUGCCAUUUGUUGGUUUUACAUAUACUAGUAGCUGUGUUCUCUCUGAUAGGAGCUGUUUAAGAGUUACAGCGGGUCCUACCUCACUGGAUCUUGAUGUUAAUGUUCAGAGGACUCUAGAUAACAACUUAGCAACCGAAGCUUAUGAAAGAAGAAUUAAACGUCUUGAGCAAGAAAAACUUGAACUUAGCAGAAAACUUCAAGAAUCAACACAGACUGUCCAAGCUCUGCAGUAUUCGACUGUUGAUGGUCCACUAACAGCAAGCAAAGAUGUAGAAAUAAAAAACUUAAACGAAGAAAUCGAAAGACUAAGGAAACAAGUAACAGAUUCAAGUCAUUUGGAGCAGCAACUUGAAGAAGCUAACUCUGUGAGGCGAGAACUAGAUGAUGCUUUUAGACAAAUCAAGGCUUAUGAAAAACAAAUCAAAAUGUUACAACAAGAAAGGGAAGAUCUAAAUAAGGAACUAGUCCAGGCUAGUGAGCGAUUAAAAAACCAAUCCAAAGAGCUGAAAGAUGCACACUGUCAGAGGAAACUGGCCAUGCAGGAAUUCAUGGAGAUCAAUGAGCGACUAACAGAAUUGCACACCCAAAAGCAGAAACUUGCUCGCCAUGUCCGAGAUAAGGAAGAAGAGGUGGACCUGGUGAUGCAAAAAGUUGAAAGCUUAAGGCAAGAACUGCGCAGAACAGAAAGAGCCAAAAAAGAGCUGGAAGUUCAUACAGAAGCUCUAGCUGCAGAAGCCUCUAAAGACCGGAAACUGCGUGAACAGAGUGAGCACUAUUCUAAGCAACUGGAAAAUGAAUUGGAGGGACUGAAGCAAAAACAAAUUAGUUACUCACCAGGAGUAUACAGCAUAGAACAUCAGCAAGAGAUAACCAAACUAAAGACUGAUUUGGAAAAGAAAAGUAUCUUUUAUGAAGAAGAAUUAUCUAAAAGGGAAGGAAUACAUGCAAAUGAAAUAAAAAAUCUGAAGAAAGAACUACAUGAUUCAGAAGGCCAACAACUUGCUCUCAACAAAGAAAUUAUGGUUUUAAAAGACAAAUUGGAAAAAACUAGGAGAGAAAGUCAAAGUGAAAGGGAGGAAUUUGAAAAUGAAUUCAAACAACAGUAUGAACGCGAAAAAGUAUUAUUAACUGAAGAAAAUAAAAAGCUGACAAGUGAACUUGAUAAGCUUACGACUUUAUAUGAGAACUUAAGUGUACGCAACCAGCAGUUAGAAGAAGAGGUAAAAGAUCUAGCAGACAAGAAAGAAUCAGUUGCACAUUGGGAAGCCCAGAUCACAGAAAUAAUUCAGUGGGUCAGUGAUGAAAAGGAUGCACGAGGCUAUCUUCAGGCCUUAGCUUCUAAAAUGACCGAAGAAUUGGAAGCAUUAAGAAGUUCCAGCUUGGGUACACGAGCAACAGAUAUGCCCUGGAAAAUGCGUCGUUUUGCAAAACUGGAUAUGUCAGCUAGACUAGAGUUGCAGUCGGCUCUGGAUGCAGAAAUAAGAGCCAAACAGGCCAUCCAAGAAGAGCUAAAUAAAGUUAAAGCUUCUAACAUCAUAACAGAAUGUAAAUUAAAAGAUUCAGAGAAGAAGAACUUGGAACUACUAUCAGAAAUCGAACAAUUGAUAAAGGAUACUGAAGAACUUAGAUCUGAAAAGGGUAUAGAGCACCAAGACUCACAGCAUUCUUUCUUGGCAUUUUUGAAUACGCCUACCGAUGCUCUGGAUCAAUUUGAAGAUUCCUUUUCUUCUUCCUCAUCUUCACUGAUUGAUUUUUUGGAUGACCGCUCUCCAUCCUGUACUCCAGCUAGCAAAGGCAGACGUACUGAUCCCGUUGAGAACACAUAUGUAUGGAACUCGAGCAUCAAGUUUUACAUCCAGUCAAGGUCCACAUCUCCUUCCACAUCUAGUGAAGCUGAGCCAGUUAAGAUUGUAGACUCAACUCCACUUCCAGUUCACACACCAACUUUAAAGAAAAAGGGAUGUCCUGGUUCAACGGGCUUUCCACCCAAGCGCAAGACUCACCAGUUUUUCGUAAAAUCUUUUACUAUUCCUACAAAAUGUCAUCAGUGUACCUCUUUGAUGGUGGGUUUGAUAAGACAGGGCUGUUCGUGUGAAGUGUGUGGAUUCUCAUGUCAUAUAACUUGUGUAAACAAAGCUCCAACUGCUUGUCCAGUUCCUCCUGAACAGACAAAAGGUCCCCUGGGUAUAGAUCCACAGAAAGGAAUAGGAACAGCGUAUGAAGGUCAUGUCAGAAUCCCUAAACCAGCUGGAGUGAAGAAAGGAUGGCAGAGAGCCCUGGCUGUCGUUUGUGACUUCAAGCUCUUUCUGUACGAUAUUGCUGAAGGCAAAGCGUCGCAGCCCGGUGUUGUCAUUAGUCAGGUGAUUGACAUGAGGGAUGAAGAAUUUUCUGUGAGUUCAGUCUUAGCUUCUGAUGUUAUUCAUGCAAGUCGAAAAGAUAUACCCUGUAUAUUCAGAGUCACAGCUUCCCAGCUCUCAGCUUCUAAUAACAAAUGUUCGAUACUGAUGCUAGCAGAUAGUGAGAAUGAGAGGAGUAAGUGGGUGGGAGUGCUGAGUGAACUACAUAAGAUUUUGAAGAAAAACAAGUUCAGAGACCGCUCAGUCUAUGUUCCCAAGGAGGCUUAUGACAGCACUCUACCCCUCAUUAAAACAACCCAGGCAGCUGCAAUCAUAGAUCAUGAAAGGAUAGCUUUGGGAAAUGAAGAAGGGUUAUUUGUUAUACAUGUCACCAAAGAUGAAAUUAUCAGAGUUGGUGACAAUAAGAAGAUUCACCAGAUUGAACUAAUUCCAAAUGAUCAGCUUGUUGCUGUGAUCUCAGGACGAAAUCGUCAUGUACGACUUUUUCCUAUGUCAGCUUUGGAUGGGCGAGAGACUGAUUUCUAUAAGCUGGCAGAAACUAAGGGGUGUCAGACCAUAACUUCUGGAAAGGUGCACCAUGGAGCUCUCACAUGCCUGUGUGUGGCUAUGAAAAGGCAGGUCUUCUGUUAUGAACUAUUUCAGAGCAAGACGCGUCACAGAAAAUUUAAGGAAAUCCAAGUUCCAUAUAAUGUCCAGUGGAUGGCAAUCUUCAGUGAACAACUCUGUGUGGGAUUCCAAUCAGGAUUUCUAAGAUACCCCUUGAAUGGAGAAGGAAGUCCAUCCAGUAUGCUCCAUUCAAAUGACCAUACACUGUCAUUUAUUGGACAUCAACCAAUGGAUGCUAUCUGCGCAGUUGAGAUCUCCAGUAAAGAACAUCUGCUGUGUUUUAACAGCAUUGGGAUAUAUACUGACUGCCAGGGCCGAAGAUCUAGACAACAGGAAUUGAUGUGGCCAGCAAAUCCUUCCUCUUGUUGUUACAAUGCACCGUAUCUCUCAGUGUAUAGUGAAAAUGCAGUUGAUAUCUUUGAUGUGAACUCUAUGGAAUGGAUUCAAACGCUUCCUCUCAAGAAGGUUCGACCCUUAAACAAUGAAGGAUCAUUAAAUCUUUUAGGGUUGGAGACAAUUAGAUUAAUAUAUUUCAAAAAUAAGAUGGCAGAAGGGGAUGAACUGGUAGUUCCUGAAACAUCAGAUAAUAGUCGGAAACAAAUGGUUAGAAAUAUUAACAAUAAGCGGCGCUAUUCCUUCAGAGUCCCAGAAGAGGAGAGGAUGCAGCAGAGGAGGGAGAUGCUACGAGAUCCAGAAAUGAGAAAUAAAUUAAUUUCUAACCCAACUAAUUUUAACCACAUAGCACACAUGGGUCCUGGUGAUGGAAUCCAGAUCCUGAAAGACCUGCCCAUGCCAGGUUUCCCUUAUCCAUCCCCUCAUCAUCACUCCGGCCUGAUCUCCUCUCCUAUCAACUUUGAGCACAUCUAUCACAUGACUGUUAAUUCUGCUGAAAAAUUUCUCUCUCCUGAUUUCAUAAACCCUGAAUAUUCCCCGUCUCUACGCUCUGUCCCUGGUACACCAAGCUUUAUGACUCUGAGGAAUCCUCGGCCUCAGGAAAGUCGGACAGUAUUCAGUGGCUCAGUCAGUAUUCCAUCUAUCACCAAAUCCCGCCCUGAACCAGGCCGCUCCAUGAGCGCUAGCAGUGGCCUGUCAGCAAGGUCAUCCACACAGAAUGGCAGUGCAUUAAAGAGGGAAUUCUCUGGAGGAAGCUACAGUGCAAAGCAGCAGCCCAUGCCCUCCCCAUCAGAGGGCUCUUUGUCUUCUGGAGGCAUGGACCAAGGAAGCGAUGCCCCGGCCAGGGACUAUGAUGGAGAGGACUCUGAUUCUCCGAGGCAUUCUACAGCUUCCAACAGUUCCAACCUGAGCAGCCCCCCAAGCCCAGUUUCACCCCGAAAGACCAAGAGCCUCUCUCUGGAGAGCACCGACCGUGGGAGCUGGGACCCGUGAGCUGGUCUAAGCGCCGAGACCUGGGCAUGGGGCAGCUCUCCCCCUCAGCUCCCCUCCAUCCACCUCUCCUCCCACUUUGAUCCCUUACCUCCACCUCAGCCCGAAAAGACCAGGGGCUGGCAGCAGCAGGGCAGAGUUGUGACGACAUGACUCACAGAUCCAUGCCCCCUUGGCUUCAGCAGCAGCAAAGGCAGACUUUCAUUAAGCAGCUUAGAUUAACACUGAUUUCAUUCCAUACUCUUAGAGUUGCUUUUAAGACUAUUUACUCCUUCCCCAAAAGAUAGCUUAAAUAGACAGAUUACACAAAUGUAAGUGAUAAGAAUAAGACUAGACAGAUUUCGUUUUCACAGCAGAGUCUCAUUAUAGUCCUAAACUAGCUUAUGGGAUUCUCCACGUCACAAGGGGAGAAUCUGACCCUGGAGUGACACCCUAAGCUCAUUCAGCAACCACAGAGUCAACCUGACUGUUGCAGGAAAUCCUUAUGAAUUAAAACAAUGCAUAUUUUACUACAGUACAGAGUUUAAGUGAAUACAUAAAUGUAGAAGCACUGCCCCAAAUGUAUAUAGUCAAAAGAAGCAUCUUGUAUUCAAUGAAAGACAGAUGCAUAUAUAAGAGAGGGAUCAUUUAAUUUAAAGAAAUGUGUUGUUUCUUGUCUGUUUCCCAGCUAAUAAAGUAACAUAAAGGAUACACAGGCCUCAAGACGAUUUAUAGAGAGAGAAAUUGGAGAUCCCCUUAGUGCCCUGUCCUCAGACUGGUCAUAGGCUUCCGCCACCAGGAGCUUUAGUUUGCAGUGUGACCUGGGUUCCAGAAUUUUAACAUUUAAAGCCACUUCAGCAGCAGCAUCAAAAGGCAAACUCACCUCUACCCAAGAUGUUCCUUUUUCUAGUGGUUAGAAUUUGAAUCACACUUCUCAUUUUUUUGUUAUGUUUUGAUGUCUUCUGCUGAUGAAUGUAGAAAUACAACUCUGUCCCCUCUGAUCCCUCUGGCUAAAAGGGCACAAGAGUAUCAUGGCUUCUGAAGGUCCUUAAAAAGGUUCAUUGGAAUGCUUUUUUUCCUGUAUAAUCGUGUUUCUCCCUAAGUUACAUAGCAAGAUGUCCAUCCCAGGGGUAGAGACAGCUUCCCAAGGAAGAAUCUGUUUUGUUGACCGUGGGUGUGAGCUUCCUCAGAUAGCCUAGGGGAAAAAGUUUUUAUUAUCAAAUAAUGUGAAACCUCAAAAGCAAGGACUUGAACAGCCUUAACCAAAUACUCUUUCCCAUGUCCAGUGGAAAAUGGCUGUGAUUAACCACCACCCCCCACCCCCAGCACAGGCAGGAAGUCGACCAAGAGCAGCCGUCUGACUGGUUCCCCUGCACUGCUGCUGUGCUGUGGCGUCACCUUUCCAGUUGCAUUACCUCUGUUUUAAUUGCCAUAAAAAAAUGAGAUGCCGAACCAGAAGAGUUUAUUCCUACAGAAUCAUUUUAUCAGUUAAGCACAUGAGGAAAUAAAAAUAACAGUAGAACCUCCACAGUUGACCACCUGCCUACAUUAACCACCUGCUUAAGUUGACCUCAUUUUCACAGACUGAACAUGCUCCAUGUAUACGUAUCAGUACGGCUGCCCUUCCCCCCUUCCAGCCACCUUCUUUCCUCCCCCCCUUACCCUGCCCUCUCUCCCUUCUCUUCCCGGGCAGAGAGGAGACAGAUCCAAAGCUGACAGGACUCUGCACUAAGCCAUCAGUUUGUAAAUUGUGAAUUUUUGUUGCCUAUAGGUGCUUAUUUUCCAAAGAAUGCUUUUAGGAUCAAAAUUCAGCCCUACCUAAAAUCUAGGCUCCCCCACAAUGAGUCAUACUUUUCAGCCCUCCAGCACGCAGGUGAGAGAGCUACUGAGGCUUCUCUUGGCUGUCAGGAAAACUGGGCAGGUGGUUCACCUUCACCCGAUGGGUUGCUCCAGGGCACUUUGAUUUUUCCACUGCCAUCGCAAGUAGUCUCGUUGGUCAUCAAAGAGCAGUCCCAAAUAUGUUUAGAUUCUAAAAGCAGGACUUUGGAGAGAAAUAUUCCUGGGGUAAUGAUUUGGGGAGGAUUUUCCUACUGGACUUGUCCUGUGCUUAAAUAUGAAGGCUGUCACCUUCAGAAGCUUCUGAGAGGAAUGAUUUGAAAAAGUGGGGAAUGGGUUUCAGGGGAACAGAAAACAUAGAUCACAGAAAUGGUGUCCUGUCACUGUCUGAAGUCAUGUUUUGUUUCCAUGCAGGAUGUUUUAAAAAUGCAUAUUGCAGCAGGAACUAAUUUCUCAGUAGAAAAACAUUCAGUGGCAUUUCUGGGAUAGUCUGUAUGCGUUGGUAUUUGGUGCUAUCUAUGUGCAGCCAAUUUAUCUACUCUUGAAUUCUGAUUAAUCUUGUCAUGUGCUUUGGGUGUAUAAAACAUAUAUAUUUCUUUUUGCCAAAAACAAAAGCCUUCUUGUCAAGUGGUUGCUCAACCAGAUUUCACUUAUUUAGUUAUUAAAUAUACAUGUAUUUAUACACACAGACUCGCACACUUGGUGGUUUAGGUCCUUUCCCAGGGAAGCACAGAUUUAAGACUAUGUGAUGCAACUAAAAAUGGCCCGUCUAUUUGGUUUUCCAACCAGUUCUUAUACUGGAGCCUCAAGAGAGAAUCUGAAAUUCCUUUCAUGUUUACAACAACAAUCUGUCAUUUCCAGCUGGCUCUCCACCCCACCUUCCAUAUGGUUAGAAUCAUCUCGUUUUGUUACUUAGUGGCCACAUCUAUUUCUGGGAAAGACCAGUUGCUUUUACGUAGAAUCUCAGGUAUCAUUAAGGAAAGGCUAGAGCCGGGGUGGGAGGACAUCCGAACCCACAAGAUGCCGCAGGCCCCUGACACACACUGUUGUCUCCAGCUGAGUGGGCCUUACCAAGCACAGGGCUCACCACCCUCUCUGGACAGAGGGGCUCUCAGCAGGCUGAUGCUCCUGCUGCAGCUCAGCCCUGGCCAUAGCCCACAUCCACUGAACACAACUGGGAAUGAACUGGGCACUUCACUCCCCCACCUGUCUCUGGCCCAACCCUGAUUUAGAUAAGCAGCAUGACAUUUGAUUGAGCCCAUUUAAAAACCUGUUUCCUUGUUAUGACUUUAAUUAUUACUCAAGUCCAGAAUUCUCUAUGAACUCCUGCUCAGUAAGGAGAGCAUCGCUUCCGCGGGGGCGCAGGUGAUAGCCGGCUCGCUGCUUCCUCCCAGGGACAACCAUUACACACACAAAAGGCGCCAUUGCAGUUGUGGGGAAACUGACUCAAAUCAACCUGAAAUCUCAUGAAAACAAAAUGACCUGCCUUUUUAUUUGAUAGUGUAAUACCAUUUAUUUUAUAAAUUUUUAAGGGUUUUUCUCAUUGUAAUAUUAUUGUACAGUUUUGCAUGGCCUAGGUGUAAUCAUUUUUUGUUUGUUUAGAAUAUAAUGCUGACAAAUAUGUGUGUUAUAGAGGGGAAAAGAUAAUGCUUUGGCCCCUUAUCACUUCUUAUUUUAUUUGGUUUGGUUUUAUGCCCUCUAUGUCUUAGGGAACUUUAUAAGAGAUUCUCUGCUACUAAACAAUGAUGUGGAUCCUUUUGCACAGAAAUAUUUAAGGUGGGAUAGUAAAAAAUGUAACAGGACUCUUCACUAAUAUUUUAUGUUGGUAUCACUUAAUAUUAACCAGACUUUGAUGUAUUGCAAUAAAACAGGGAACUGUUA